AUGCCGUCUCAAAAAAGCAAAGCGGUUGCGGCCGGUGCAAAGGAGGCUAGGAUAAAGAAUUUGGAAUCAGACUUCAAGACCAAGCACCUUGGUUUACUGGGUGUGCUUGCGUGGAUCCUAUUCUUGCACGUUGUUGGGAUAUUCUUCUUUACAAAAGGAUUCCUGCUUACUCGGAUGGUAUUAGAGAACAAAUCAUCUUGCGAUGUUCUUCCCUACAGCGACAACACGGUAUCGACGGCCAAGAAAAGUGAUAAAGGAUGUUGGCACCAGAAAUCCUUUGACAAGGCGAUUGUGAUCAUCAUAGAUGCUUUGCGAUACGAUUUUACAGUCCCGUUCCUACCAGGCGCGGAGACCGAAUCCGCACACUUGUUCCAUGAUAAUAUUCCCGUUCUGUACGAAACUGCCGUCAAGUCUCCGGAAAAGGCUUUCUUGCUGCCUUUCAUCGCGGACCCGCCAACAACAACCCUGCAGCGACUCAAGGGUUUGACCACUGGAACUUUGCCCACUUUCAUCGACGCCGGCUCCAAUUUCGCUGGCACAGCCAUCGAUGAAGAUAACUUGGUUGCUCAGUUGCGCGCAGCGGGAAAGAACUUGGUCCACCUUGGGGACGACACUUGGCACGCCUUAUUCCCGGACUACUUUGAUGCCAAUCUCACCCGGGCAUAUGAUUCAUUUAAUGUGUGGGACUUGCACACCGUCGACAAUGGCGUGACUGAGAACAUAUUCCCGCUCCUUCAAUCGGAAAAUGCCACCAAAUGGGAUGUGAUUUUCGGCCACUAUCUCGGUGUUGAUCAUGCUGGCCAUCGAUAUGGACCUAACCACGUGGCCAUGGCCGCGAAACUCAGACAGAUGGACCAGGUCAUUCGGGAUCUUAUUGCCAAGGUGGAUGACAACACUCUAUUGGUUGUGAUGGGUGACCACGGGAUGGACUCGAAGGGUGACCAUGGAGGCGAAUCAAACGAUGAAGUCGAUGCAGCCCUGUGGAUGUACUCGAAGAAGGGAAUUUUCGGUCGUACCAGCCCGGAGACUGUCAUGCCACCAAAUUUUGCAAGAGAACGAUUCGUCCCUCAGAUCGAUCUUGUACCUACUUUGUCACUGCUUCUGGGCAUGCCAAUUCCAUUUAACAACCUAGGAUCUCCGAUCGAAGAGGCCUUCGCUGGGGCUAAUGGAAAGGAUUGGAAGAAUUUGUUGACAGUUAACCGGUUGACCUCUGCGCAAAUCAAGAGAUACCAGCAUGAGUAUGCUGUCGCACGAGGAGAAGACGAUGGCCGAUCCUCCAAGUCGCUGCCGAUCUGGGAAGAAGCAGAAAGCGACUGGCAGAAACUACCAAAGGGCCUUAAAUCAAACACAGAUGCAUUGCGCUCGGCAUAUGAUUCGUACAGGAGAUAUGAGCGACACACACUUCAGGUCUGCCGUGAGCUGUGGGCCAAGUUUGACGUGGCCAGUAUGAUCCAGGGAGUUGCAAUCCUUUUUGGAGCUAUUGCUCUGUUGGUGUUCUAUGCACGAGGCCUUAAAGCAGACAGGACGGAGCUCACUGAAUCUUUGCUCUCGCUUGCUGGAAUAGGCUCUGGAAUUGGGGCCGUCUCUGGGGCUUUCCUGUCGUUGUGCAGCAUCGUGCAAAUGCCUGUAAUUGAGUCCUGUGCUCUACUGGCUGCUGCAGGGAGUAUAAUCGGAGCCUCGCGGGCGGUAUUCGCUGGCAAGGGAGGCUUAUCGCUUCCUGUUCCCAACUCUUUGUGGGGUUGGCUUGCUGUGAUCUUUACCGUUUCUCAGUCUAUUGGAUUUGCGUCGAACUCGUACACCAUAUGGGAAGAUGAGAUUCUUCUUUUCUUCCUUUCCACCUUCGGUGUUGUCGCUGGGGUGUCCUCGAUGCGGCAAAAGUCGACUGCUGACCGAGUUCUGGGAGUGUACCAUUCUAUUCUUUUCGUCAUGAUUGGAAGAGUAGCAUCAUUUUCUCGUCUCUGCCGUGAGGAGCAGAUGCCAUUCUGCCGUUCCACCUACUAUGCGUCAGCUACCUCUUCCACCUCCGCCCCAUGGCAGCUCGCGAUCCCUUUCCUUGUUGCUCUUAUUCUUCCCGCGGUUGUACGGUCAUUCUACCUUGGAUCCAAGUCAUACGAAGGAGCCUCUAAUCUAUGGAUCGGAGUUGCCUUCCGUCUUGGGCUGUUUAUCUCAUCUGUCUUUUGGACGCUUGAGGGUGCUGACGAUGGUGAAUGGCUCUCUUUGAGCAAGGAAACCCUCAAGUCGACUCGUGUAUUCCUUGCCCAGCUUGUCCUCGCCUUGGCUUUUGCUGCGGGUACAACUGCGUUCGUCUACUCAAAGCCAUGUGUUAGCAUCAGCCUCAGCCAGGGUGAUUCUGAGCCCACAGCUCCCACCCAGCAGCCAGGAAGAACAACGGUCACCAUUCUUGGAUUUGGUAACAUCUACGGCACGCGAUUCUUUUUCCUUGUUAUCAAUUUCUGCCUGGCUAUCAUUCUCAUGCAGAAGCCUAUGGGCCAAGGUGCCGUCGGUCUGCUACUGUGGCAGAUUCUCUCGUUGCUGGAAAUCCUCGACACCAACGCACUGGUCCGGAGCAAUUCAGCCAUCGGACCUAUUGUGUUGGGACUUCUUGGUUCUUUCUACUACUUCAAAACAGGCCACCAGGCUACCCUGAGCAGCAUCCAAUGGGAAACCGCAUUCAUCCCUCUGUCGACGGUGAAAUACCCCUGGUCUCCCCUUCUCGUGAUUCUCAACACCUUUGGUGCGCAAAUCUUGGUUGCAAUUGCCGUCCCCCUUACUGUCUUGUGGAAACGACCGCUCGAGACCAACGACCGCGCACAGGGAUCUGCAUCCGCAAAACCGGCAAACCCAUCGACUAGAAUCCUCUCAGAUGUGAUCCAAGCAGCAUGCACUCACCUACUCUACCUCGCCACGAUCAAUCUUGCUACCACAAUGUGGGCAGGCCACCUCCGCCGCCAUCUCAUGCUGUAUCGAAUCUUCAGCCCGCGAUUCAUGAUGGGCGCUGCUGUACUGGGUGUCGUAGAUGUUGUCUUGAUGCUCUUUGCAGUCGCCGGUGUGCGAUGGAGCACACUGAGCGUUGGUGAAAUCUUCGGAUGGUAA